AUGACUUACUGGACAAGUUUAAAAGAAAAACUUCAAAGUCUAAACCUGUUCGAAAAUGAAAAGAAGGAGAGAGACUCUAUCAAUAUUCAAAAAAUCUCAACCUAUAUAUUUUUUGUUUUACUUCUACUGUCGAUCCUUGCUCUUCUGAUAUACACAUCGCAGAACAGUAUUUCGAAAAUCGCCAAGGUUGAACGACCAGACUUCGCUCUCUAUCAGUACCUUCAGUUCAAAUAUCCUAAUACUCUAGUUUGUCCAUGUACAAAUAUUCUAAAUGAAUAUAAUAAGUUUAUUGUUUCGUUCACACCCAAAUUUAAUCAGAUUUGCUCAAGUGACUUUGUCAAAGAUGAAUCGCUCAAUUAUGUUAAUUAUCGUCCCUUCAAUAAUAAGAAAUAUAAAAAAUAUAACGAUUUUCGUUAUAUAGGCUACUCAUUUUUCGAAAUGUUGAAAACAUUGUGCAACAUAGCUUCACAAAUUAUCAACGAUCAAUUAGUCGAGUUCUACUCAACCACACUACUAUCUGAAACGGUUUAUUCACUUUCAUCUGUUAAUGCUACGAUCAAUGCGGCUAGAGAUGUAUUUAUUGCGACAACUGAAAAUCAACUACUGUUAGCACUACAUAUUCUCAGUGAUAUCGAAGAAGGAAGUCCAGCUAUCAAUCAAUUAAAUUCAAAUUACAUCAUUGAUACUUUUUAUGUAACCUACGACAAUGGCACUAAUUAUUAA